GGUAGCACUCGCAGAGCGCCGAGGGCCCGGGACUGAGCUGCCUGUGGCGACUUCGCAGCGUCUCUGAACAAAGCCUUCCAUCGCUUUUUAAAAUUUUUUUUAAUUUUUUUUUCCGCCUCGCACUUGCUUGGCUCGGGCGGGUUUUGCUGCUUCACGGGGGUAAAGCCCUGCGAGCCGUUGCUUUGGGCGCCCUCGUCCUGCCCCAGCCAUGGUGAUGUUCAAGAAGGUGAAGAGCUUCUCGGUGGCCUUCAGCGAGCCCGACAAGGUGUACUGCAGCGGGGACAAGGUGGCCGGGCGCGUGCUGGUGGAGGUGGCCGAGGUGACCCGUGUCAGCGCCGUCAGGGUGCUGGCGUGCGGCGUGGCCAGGGUGACCUGGGCCAAGGGCCCGGCGCAGUGCCGGCAGGAGAUGGAGUACCUGCGCUUCGAGGAUGUGCUGGCCCUGGAGGAGCAGCCCACGGAUGAGGACGGCUCCGUCAUCCUGAGACCUGGCAACAAGUACGAGUACAAAUUCGGCUUCGAGCUGCCCCAGGGGCCGCUGGGCACCACGUUCAAGGGGAAGUACGGCUCUGUGGAUUACUGGGUGAAGGCGUCCCUGGAGCGCCCGGCCUGCCCCACACAGCAGGUGAAGAAACGCUUCGAGGUGAUGGAUCCUGUGGAUGUGAACACCCCGGAAUUGCUGUCUCCAGUCGCAGCCAAGAAGGAGAAGAAGGUGUCGUGUAUGUUCAUCCCCGAUGGACGGGUGUCUGUCAGCGCCCAGAUCGACAGGAAGGGCUUCUGUGAAGGCGACGAGAUCUGCAUCAACGCCGACUUCGAGAACACCUGCUCGCGCAUCGUGGUGCCCAAGGCGGCCAUCGUGGCCAAGCACACGUACCUGGCCAACGGCCAGACCAAGGUCUUCUCCCAGAAGCUCUCCUGUGUCCGUGGCAACCACAUCAUCUCUGGUACCUCGGAGUCUUGGCGUGGCAAAACCAUCCGCGUGCGGAAGCUCAAACCCUCGAUCCUGGGCUGCAACAUCCUGCGUGUGGAGUAUUUCCUGCAGAUCUACGUCAGCGUGCCAGGCUCCAAGAAAAUCAUCCUGGAGCUGCCGCUGGUCAUUGGGAGUCGCUCCGGCAUCGGCAGCCGCAGCUCCAGCAUGGCCAGUCAGACCAGUUCUGAGAUGAGCUGGGUGGACCUGAACCUCCCCGAUGCUCCCGAGGCCCCCCCGUGCUACCUGGACAUCGUUCCCGAGGAUCACCGGCUGGAAAGCCCCACCACGCCCUUGCUGGACGAUCCCGACGGGUUUGACAGCCCCAUCUUCAUGUACGCUCCGGAGUUCAAGUUCAUGCCUCCCCCCACCUACACGGAGGUGAGCCCGGCGGCGGCACGGGAGGAGGGCCCGGGCGGAUCCGGGAUCCCCCGCCUGGAUCCCUCACCCGCGUCCUGCUCCGCCGCCCAGGUGGAUCCCUGCAUCAACAACAACAACAACAACAACGUGCAGUGAGCUCCACAGCUGGGCUGUGCCGCACAGCUGCAGCACAUCUGGCCGGGACACCUGGAGGAGGGAGGGGACCGCGCUCCCGAGGAGCCGCCGCUCCGUCCCGAGAACCUCGAGGAAAACGCAAAAUCCGCUCUGAGCUGCCGGAAAACCCUCCAAGAGGAUUUUUUUUUUGGGGGGGAAGGGGGGGACUCGAGGCAAAAAUCCAGCUGGGAAAAAAAAAACCAGCAGGAGAAGCUGUCGGGACGCACGCUGCCUGUCGUGACAUGGAAAUGGUGGUUUGAAUGAAUUCCAUCCCGAUUUUGUAACUCUGGGUGCUGCUGCUCCGGCUGCUCUGCACUCCCAGUGCCCAGGGAGGAGGUGGGGGGACACUGGGACAUCAGGAAUCCGUCCUGUCGUGACACAGAGCUCGGUAUCGCGACCUUUUGUACUCUUGGGUUUUGUACAUAGUGUUCGGGGGUGGGGGGGAAGCACAAAAAUGCAAAUUUUGUACCUUUUUUGUGGCCCCUGGGGGGCAAAGUUUGUAAUAAACGAAUGAAAUGGC